GAGGCAGACUCGACAGAGGCAGCUACAACAGAGGCAGACUCGACAGAGGCAGCUACAACGGAGGCAGACUCGACAGAGGCAGCUAUAACGGAGGCAGCUACAACAGAGGCAGGAACAACAGAGGGAGCAAAAACAGAAGCAGCAAUGACAGAAGCCCCCAAUACUGGAGUCACUGAGGAACUUACAACAGCUUCUGAUAAUGUUGCUGUCACUACAUUAGUAACUGGGGCCACCACCUUAGCAACAACAGAGGAAGGAGGCCUAGGAAUAAUUAAUGAAAGAACAGCAGCCACUGCAGAAACUACAGCUGCAGAAACUACAGCUGCAGAAACAACUCUCAUAGAGACAACACCUGCAGAAACGACUCAGGCAGAAACAACAGGUGAUGCUGGCAUUAUCAUUCCUGCAGAAACUACUGCU